GUCAGCUUUGCUGCCAUGACUGACUGGUACAGGACUCUUCUCAACUGCAAAGGUCUUCAGCACCCCACAGUCUGGACCGUGGAAAGAAAGAUUAAAGGCAUUUCUGAGUUCUUCUCAGAGGGGGGAAUUAUUCUGGAAUAUGUACAAGGUGGUGAGCUGAAGACCCGAUCUAUAGAUCUACUUGAUCUUAGUCCUGACACAGAUGUCGUAGCCUUAGUAGAAGAAAUUCAAAAAGGAGAACCUCUCAUCACAGCUUCAUGCAAGGAAUAUGUCAUAAACUUAGUACGAAGAUUGCAGGAGAAGCUAGGGGAACAAGAAGAUCACAAGUUCUAUCUUUUUAAGGUCCUUAGGGCACAUAUAUUGCCACUGACUAAUGUAGCAUUCAAUAAAUCAGGUUCUCGCUUUAUCACUGGAAGCUAUGAUAGAACCUGCAAAGUAUGGGAUACUGCAUCAGGAGAAGAGCUACGUACACUGGAGGGACACAGAAAUGUUGUUUAUGCAAUAGCUUUCAAUAACCCUUAUGGUGACAAGAUUGCCACUGGAUCUUUUGACAAAACCUGCAAACUGUGGAGUACAGAAACAGGAAAAUGUUAUCAUACUUUCAGAGGACAUACUGCAGAAAUUGUAUGUUUAUCAUUUAAUCUUCAAAGCACAUUGGUGGCAACUGGAAGCAUGGAUACCACUGCCAAGUUAUGGGAUAUAGAGAAAGGAGAAGAAGUUGUUACUUUAAGUGGGCACUCAGCAGAAAUUAUUGCAUUGUCUUUUAACACCACUGGAGAUAGGAUUAUCACUGGCUCCUUUGACCAUACAGUAGCAGUGUGGGAAGUUGUCACUGGCAGGAUGUUACAUACUUUGAUAGGCCACCGAGGAGAGAUUAGCAGUGCACAGUUCAACUGGGACUGUUCUCUCAUUGUCACUGGAUCAAUGGACAAAACGUGCAUGCUGUGGAAUGCUAUGACUGGGGCACAUAUAGCAACUAUAACAGGUCACAGGGAUGAGAUACUGGAUGUCUGCUUUGAUUAUGCUGGCCAGCGUAUCGCAACGGCCUCCGCUGAUGGAACAGGAAGAGUCUAUAAUGCAGAAACAAGAAAGUGCAUUGCAAAACUAGAAGGGCAUGGAGGUGAGAUUUCAAAGAUAUGUUUCAACCCUAAAGGCAAUCGUAUACUAACAGCCAGCUCCGAUAAAACAGCUCGACUCUGGGAUGCUGCUACUGGACACUGCCUUCAGAUAUUAGAGGGUCACAGUGAUGAGAUCUUCUCCUGUGCUUUCAAUUACAAAGGCAAUAUAAUCAUUACAGGGAGCAAGGAUAACACCUGUAGAAUAUGGCACUGACUGAAGACAAGGAAAGAUCCAGUAUGGUAUGUGCCUGCGUCAUGAGUUUUGCAGUCAAUAAACUCAGUCUUUCAAAUCUUUUUUGUAUUAACCCAUUUGUUGUUUCAGCUCUGCUGAAGUAACCAAGUUACCUAGAUUUUGAUAGGUUUGACUUUCUGAUGUCGAGUAGAUGAAGAAUCACAGAGUAGCAGAAGAUUGUCUGGAGAUUGUCUAGUACAAUAUCCCUGCUCAGAGCAUGUCAGCUCAGUAGGCUGCCCAGGGCCCAGUCAAGUGGGUUAUGAAUAUCUCCAAGGGUGGAGACUCCAGUUUUUCUAGGCAGUCUGUCCCAGUGUUUGAUCACCCUCAUGUUGAAGUGGAAUGCUUUUUUGUAUUUCAGUUUGCGCUUGUUGUCUCUUCACUCAAUACUACUGAAAAGAGUCUGGCUCUGUCAUCUCUGUUACCUAAGAGAAAUCAUGAUUAGCAUGAAUGAACCUGGGAUGCCCCCAUUUCUUUGUGUCUUUGUUUCCUGGUAGCUCUCUUAAUAAAAAUAAUAAUAAUAAUAAAAAAAAAUACAGCAUUAGUAUACUCUCAAGAGUGAAAGGUGUGUUGUUAUGCACCUGCUUUGAGUACUUUUGUAUUUUUUUUUUGUUGUGUAAUAAUAAAGUAUUGAGUUAAAACA